GCUCUGCUUACGUUCCGUGAGGAUGAUGCACUCGCAUUUUUCGACAUUCGCUUCAAAUUAAUUACUAACGAGCAGGUGACUAUAAGUGACUGAAUAUAAACGAAAAUAUUUGUGAUUUUUUUACCUAAAAUUCGUGCACCAUGGGAAAAAUCGUGUCGAAACUGAAAUCCAGAAAUAGUGUAAACGAAGACGAACGAGAAAUCCAGAAAUAUGCGGAGGAAACAGAAAACCGUCCGUACGAAUUUGGAUUACAAAAUACCGAUGACCUGAAGAAAAUCACAUGGUAUCAACGAUUAAUUUUCGACCUACGUUUCCGCAUCGCGUACGCCAUCAUAAUUGCGAUAAUUCUGGGAAUCGGGGUACCAAUAGCGAUCCAUCAACUUCUAUAUGACCACGAGGACUCUACAAUUUAUGGGAGUUGCUUAAUUAAAACGGAGGCAAGGUUUCAGUGUUUAAUAAACAACGCCGAGAUAGCAAACCGACGACAAUGCGUGGACGCGAAUUGCUGCUGGGAAGAAAAUGAUGAAUUACCGUUUAAAUGUUAUCACUCAUUUCCGACGGCAGAUCAAUAUCGAGUCCUGGAAAUUAAACAGUUAUCCGAAAAUGGUGACGCGGUGCAGAUAACGGCAGAUCCAAAUCAAGGCUGGAUGACUAGACUGACCAUUUUGAUCUCUUGGCUGGACGAGGGUCACUUAAAUUUGCAAAUGUUUAAUCCAGCCCUUUACCCGGAACGGGUAACGAGCGGAUUGGGCGAUGUUUUACCGGGUGGGCCGAGAUCAAUCGAGAAAGAUGGGCUUAUCAUCAGUUAUCCGGAUGUGGGGGAUUACUUUUUCAUUCAAAUUGAACGAGUUGGAGAUGGAUGGAAUCGAAAUGAAACAAUUUUCGAUACCAGAUUAGGUCCAAUUAACAGUGGGAAUGGUUUCAUGGCUUUCACCACGACGCUGUCAACCCCAUACUUUUAUGGACUCACAGGUGGGGAAGGAAUUGCAUCCAAAUCAACGGUAACUUUCGGCGUGAUGAAUGGCUUUGAAAAUGCAGAAACGCCGUUUUACAUGUCACUUGAAAACUCAAAUUCAUGGCAUGGAAUACUUUUAGAAACCACACUUCCAUUUGUCACACAAGUUCUGCAAGCGCCAGGAAUCGGGUUUCACAUCGAAGGUCCCAAAGCCGACAUUAAUUUACACUUCUUUAACGGACCCACAACAACUGGAGUCUUGACCCAGCUUCAUUCUUACCUUUCUACCCGAAUCGGCAACGAAACCACCAGCACCCCCGAAAUUGCCCCCCUUGUCCCCUACAUCCCACCCUAUUGGGGUCUCGGCCUGCACCUGUGCCGCUCCAUGUGGGACACUGCCCUCGUUUGGGAGCACAUCGACGAACUCAACAACGCCACCCUUAACAAAAUUCCGUACGAUUCUGACUGCAUUCAUGGAAAUUUGAGAAAUCUUUUGGUCAAAAACAGCACAAUUUUCUCGUCUGAAGAACUUGCCGACAUUGUCGAAAUGUUGAAUGUGACAGAAAAGAAGAUCGUUUUGAGUCAAACUUUUACCAUCCCGUUUGUCGAGGGUGUCACGGAUAUUUCAGAAAUUGGAGAGUUUCUCGUGAUGAAUAGGAUGAACGGGUCUUCGCACCCGUUUGUGGGGAUGAUUGAUAAUGGGACGGUGGUUUAUCCGGAUGUCUUCCACCCCACCAUUUUCUCUGAUCUGGCCCCCUGGAAUUUCAACUUUAGCGACAUCCCCGUCUCUGGAUUCAUCCUGACUGACAAUUUUCCGCGGAAUGAGAAUUCAUCAUCCUGCCAAAAACCGGGCUCCUUCCUUCAAAAACUGCUCCUCUCCACGAACCGCUCAAUCCAAAUCGAGCCCAAUGACGCCCUUAAAAAGAUCAACCCUUGGGGCUCAAUCUGUCCCCAGAUUAGUCACACCGUCGUACAGAUUAAUACCAGUCGAGUUGAGAAAACUCAUUUGGAACUCCACAAUUCGUACGGUUUACAAUCCUCGAAAAAAAUUCGCCAAGUUUUACACUCCCUGGAAGGCGACGCCCUCAGUAAGCGUGACCUCGUCCUGUCAACGUCUUCGUCAUGGACGGAAUCCCUCUAUUACGGAGCGACCAACGGGAUGCAGGCAAAUUUCACGUGGGUCGCCCUCAGGGAAAGUUUGGCCCACGUGGUGCGACACUUUGUCCUUUCACCAGUCACAGGAACGACCAUUUGUGGCGCUUUUCUACCCAAUGAGAAGCCCGACUUUGACAAUAAUCUGUGCCUGAGAUGGUACCAACUUGGACUCCUGUUGCCCCAUGCGUACCAUAAUUAUGCAAAGGGUAACGACUCGAGGGGACCGUUAGAUUUUCCGAAGAGAUAUCAGAAUUACCUCUCGGAAGCGAUUCGCCAGCGGUACACGUACGCGCCGUAUUACUACACGCUGCUCAUCAAUUAUCAGAAAACCUUCGUCCCCAUGAUCUUGCCGAUGUCGUACUUGUUCCACAAUGUUUCUGGCGUCGAGAGGGCCACCGUUUUCAAAUUGGUGGACCAAUUCAUGAUCGGAGAAGCCAUUCUUGCCGCGCCCAUUGUGAAGCCAGAACUGAAUCGCGAAUCGUAUUUCCCUCCCGGAAUCUGGUACGAUGCUGACGGUUUUAUGGCGUGGAAUGACACCGGAAAUGGCGGAUUCAAGACCGUGACCGGCUAUUUAGUUCAAACUCCGCUGUUUCUGAGAGGUGGAUAUGUCAUACCGACUUUGCAAAACCCGGAAGGCCGUUCUAUCACGGAAUCGCGGAAUGGUAAUUACACUCUGAUCGUGACCCUACUUCCGAACCAAAAAAGCGUCGGGACGCUCUUGGCGGAUGCGGGAAUGAGCAAAUCUGUCCCCCUCACCGCCGAAAUCCACUUCGAAGUCACGACGAGUUUCACCUCGGACGAGGUGUCCAUUAACGUAACGAUUUCCGUGGUUGACGCCACAAUUUGCGACGACGAGAACAUCGUCGACAUGCCGUCGACAACAAUUGACCACAUAAAAUUUAUCGGAUUUCCGUACCGUUUCAACAACUAUACUACAACCCCGGAAGAUCUGGAUCCUGUUGGAGGGGACGAGUUGGACUAUUUGCGAAUUAGUAAUAUUGGCAUGAAUUGGUGUGAAGGUGCUGUGGCGAAUAUUUAUAUAAGAGCUAGUCCUAAGCAGGAGUGAGGAGUCGUGACAUAAAUAUUGUUAAUUUAUCGCCAUUUAUUUUUGAUUGGGUAUUUAUUGUAACUUUUAUAAAAUGUAAUAAAUUAUCUGUAGCAAAAUCGGGACAGAA